UAUGCAUGAUCAGCAAUUGAACACUUUUAGGCUAAAGAUUCAACAAAUUUUAUAUGAUACGGGAUUAAUUUUUUCCUUUUUUUCAAAAGAAAAAAAAAAGAAAAAGAAAGUGUCAGAUAAAUUGAGGAAUGAUGGAGAAAGCUAGCAUGCUUUGCUUUCUUUGGCCCAUCUCUAUCUCUCUCAAAUCACAAUACAAAAAAGAAAGAAAAAAAAAAAAAAAAAAACCCACAGAGCCACUGCGCCAAAUUUCUAACCAACCACUGCUCUAAUUCUUCCCCUUCUUCUAUUCUUUCACGUUCAUGUCUCCCCACUCCAUUUGUUUCAUCUCUUCACGUCGCCCACUAUACUUUCGGAUCAGUUACCUUUUUCUGUCUCAAGGGUCCCCUGUGAAUUCCAUGUUUCUUUAUUAGUAUUCAUGAUCAAUUCGACCCUUCAUUUCUUUUUAUCUUCUUCUUUCUCGUCCCUGUCUUCUUAACCCUCUUUGAUUUUGUCACUGAUCAUUCCGGUUUUCGUAGUCUUUUUCGAUAAAGAUUGAAACUUUGUGGCGAAUUUGAUGUAUAUUGCAGUUGGGUUUUUAAUUUGAUCUCGAGAUACUUGACCCACCAUUCUUGAAUGCUUCUGUUGUUAUUGCCAUAAAAUCCCACUGCAGCUGUUUGAUUGAAUGCUUCAUUGACUGUUCAAAUAGAUAUUUCAACGAGUUUCGCAGUGUAUUAAUGGCGGUUGAUCUUUAUUCAGAUACUUCUUCAAGUAGAGGGGUGAGUCCAAGGAUCUCAUUUUCUCACGAUCUUUGCCAGUCAGACGGGGUUCCCAUUGAACAAUACAUCCGGACAACUUCAUCUUCGAGUAUUGAUUUUGAUUUCUGUGUUUUUCGAGGAAGCUUUGAUCAAGAAUCGUCCUCUGCUGAUGAGCUUUUCUCUGAUGGCAAAAUCCUCCCAAUUGAAGUUAAGAGGAAAUUAGGCUCAACCCCACCAAAGAAGUCAUUACCUGCAGAUCCCCCAAAAUCUCCACAAUUUCCAGAGUCUUCAAUUCGUGUCAAUAACUAUCAUAAUGCAACGAAGAGCACCCAAAUUGAUCAAAGCCCAAGUGAGAAAAGUGGGGAGCAUUCAUCAGAAUCAGAAGAGAAAACAAGUAAAAGUUCAUUCUGGCGGUUUAAGCGCAGUUACAGUGUAAAUUGUGGGAGUGGUUAUGGAAGAACCUUAUGUCCUCUGCCACUUUUAUCACGAAGCAAUUCGACUGGUUCGACUCCAAAUGUGAAGCGAUCAUCGUCGGGAAAGGAUAACAAUUUCAGUAAUAACAAGCAGCAUGUGACAAAACCACCAUUGAUUACAUCACUCAAACAGUCACAGUCAGCCUCAUCAACAUCAGGGAAUCAUCAUCCAAAACCACCAUUGAAGAAAAGUUAUGGUUCUUCUUAUGGCAAUGGUGUUAAAGUUACCCCACUUCUCAAUGUUCCUUCCCCAAGCAUGUUUGGUUUAGGCUCAAUCUUCUCUGCUGGAAAGGAUAAGAUGAAGAAAAAGUAAUGAUUUCCUUUUAUGUUUUGCAUAAAUUUGAGGGCUUUUUUCAUUGAUUUGUGAUUUGUAACAUUGAAGUGACUAUUGUGGAGGGAAACAAAAAAGGAAAGAAAAAAGGAGAGAAAUGAGGAUAUUUAGGUCCAUGCUGUCGGAGAGGCAAUAACAGGUAACAUUAGCUUUCAAGGGUGACCCAUUGGAGCUUUUAAAUUUGUGCUUUUGGGUGGAGCUAGCACAUGCAUUUGUUUGUACAGGAUGAGGAUUUAUAUAUAUUUACUACAUUCUCCAUUUCCUGCUGCUUCCAUAUAAUGAUGAAUAUACUGCUUCUGUGUUUGUAUUACUCUGUCCUUAAUAAAGACAGGCUCGGGACAAAAUAGUCAGUCGUCUCUUCUAUGGGAAUUAUUGCUGUGUUUUGAUGAUUAGUUUUUCUUUGGGUUUUGGAAAGUGACAAAUAGAGUAUGAGAGAGUACUGAAAAAAAAUAUCUUGUGGGAGGGGGAGUUGAUGAAUGAUGAUAUAGGGCUUAAAGAUUGAUUCCCAUGAUCACAUUUGUUAUUAGUUUGAUUAGCAGUGUAAUUGUUAUUAUUCAGCUAUGACAAAAUUCACUUGCAUUAAGGAUGGAUGAAUAAUUUGGAAUCCGAUCCACCAAAACAAUUUGGAUAAUGGUAAUGACCCGAACUUUUGCAACAAUCAAGCAGGACAAGCCAUCUCAAUUCUCAGCUAAAGUAGACGAGGAAGACAUCAAAGAUAAUGAAUGAAGGGUCAAAUACAAUUAAAGUAUACUGAUACACUGAGUUGUAUAAGUUGGACCAUCGGUUCUGUAGAUAUGAUUUUUUUAUUUUACUUCUUUUUUUUAAUUAAUUUGUGACUAAGACAAGGGUCGAGCCAAG